AUGAGCAGUUUCCAAAACAUCGAGAAGCCGUCCUUCGUAUGGCACUGGAGGAGCUGGGAGGAUUUCAAAGCCGCCUCAUUGUUCACGUUGAGCAAUUAUGCCAACAUCAUUCUCCUGGCUCUCUUCCUUGUCUUGGCUUUAAACCAAGUGAGAGUCAAGAAUAAAGCGGCAAAGAAGAUCGGGUUUGAGAAUCGUUAUCUCAAAGCCCCAGAGUUCCCCCCAGUGGAAGAACAACCGGAGUUCGACUGGGAAACCACGGAACCUCUUCGUAUCCGACCUUUCAAACCGAAAUACCAUUUGACCAUGGCACUUGAGAACCUCCCACCCUCGGAGUUACUAGUGAUGGACAGGAACUACGCAGACCGGGUCGCCUACCGUCGUAAAAUCAUAGCCGAGCACGGUGAGCACGUCGUUGCUGUAAAUGACGACUAUCGCAUUCGUCCCGCCGUGGUGGAACUCUACCAGUUUCUUUUUGGCACCUAUCUGCCACUGCGCUUCCCCAGGAUGUUCAAACUACACGAAACCGACUAUGAGGAGGGCAAGACGUUUAUGCUGGAAAACUUGGUGACGAAAGCACUGUUUCCCGCGAAACCGUCACCUCGCACAUCGACCAAAAUGCUUCUCGAGACUCUCGGACGAACCCUGGACGAAGACUUUCUCUUCCUGCUCCCCGAAGAAGGGGAUCCGAGCAUGGAUAAGAAGGAGGCGGAUAACGAAAGCAAAGAAGAAGACACGAAAUAUGUUCUCGAAGCCUACGUCUGUUGCUGUCCCAGCGGCUUCGACCCCCGCGAGAAACUUGGUAAUCGACUCGCCAAGAUCCACGACCCUGUGCCUGGCUACCCCCAAAAACUAGAAGCAUCAAUGGAUCGAUUCUUCUCCCGGCUUGAAGUGGGCAAAUACGUCCGCCGGGUCAACUGGUCCGUUACCACGAACACGGAACUUUAUGCGGCUGGGCGCGGCACCAACCACGCCCACGAGGGUGAUGAGGUCGAGGAACUCGAGGAAAUCGACGUCGACAAGACAUUUGUGAGGUGUGAGAGGCAGACACUCCACAGGCUACCGAAGAGUAAGGCUCUGGUGUUCGCCUUCAAGACGUAUCUAUAUCCGAUCGCCCAGGUGAAGGAAGAAGGAUCGGGCGAGGAACUCGCUCAGGCCAUUGAUGGGCUGAAGGAGGGUAGCGUGCCCGCCAUGCACUUUUACAAACGCGGCGUCGUGUGGGGGGAGGCCGUCAAGAAGUACCUCAGAAGCUGA